AUGGCUUCUACAACUUUCUUGAUUGCACUAUUUGUUGUUAUUGCAAUGGUUGCUAUUCCAGCAAUGGCAACUGACCAUUGGGUUGGUGAUGAUCAAGGUUGGAAACUCGACUUUAAUUACACGGCUUGGGCUGCCACCAAAGAAUUUCAUGUUGGAGAUAAGCUCAUCUUCAAGUACAAGAAAGAUGCUCACAAUGUGUAUAAAGCAGAUCAAGCUGCCUUCAAAAGCUGCACACCAAGUAAUGAUAUUACACCCUUAACUUCUGGAAAUGAUGUGAUUCCCCUCACAACAACAGGCAAAAAAUGGUACAUUUGUGGAGUUGGCAAACAUUGUGAAAAGGGAAUGAAAGUUGCUAUCAAUGUUUUGCCUGAAUUGGGAUCUCCUUCUCCUUCACCUUCUUCUCCAAAUGGCCCUACUCCUUCUACUGCUUCUUGGAUUGCUCCUAAUUCCAAAUUUGUUGCUUUGAUUGCUGCUGCAUUUGCCAUGUUCGUCGUGAUCAUGACUUAAGGACGGAUUAAUUCGUGUUUUUUGGGGGUUAAAAGAAGAGGUGAUCGAACGACCAUAUGUUAUUUUGUUGUUGUUAUUUGUAUUCACAUUUAAAUAAGAUAAUUGAGCAAUCAGCAGAGUCUGAGGCUAGCUUCUGGACUGUAGUAGUUUAACAGGAACUAUUGUUCAAAGUUCCACAUUUUGAUUUCUUAUACUUAAUUUGAUUGUGUUAUCCAAUAUUUGAAUUUGGUA